AUGGGAUCCGACGGGUGUUUCCAGGCACGGUCAGGCAGCGAGGAGGGGUUGGGCCUGGGGGUGCUCAGUCCUGCUGCAGUGGGUAUGGCGGCGUCUCUUCUCAAGCCGUGCAGUAGCAGCAGCUCCAAGGGGGAUGUGGUUGCAGGGGUAGAGAGGAUGGUUGUGAGUGAGAAGGGAAAGGGGGAGGUUGGUGCGAGGAGUGGCGAGGAAGAUGUGGGAAGGGCCAAGUGGCCAGAGAACGGAGUUGCAGGGUUGGAGAAAGUAAUCGCUGGGGUGGAGAACGGUGCUACAGCAGCAAAAAACGGUUUCGUUCAUCCCCACGCGUGUACCAAUCCCUCCAGUGCUGCAAGUGGAUGCGCCUAUAACGAGCCUAAGGUGCAGCCUUUGACUGCAGCACCCGGGUCCCACUGCGAGUGCGUCGUGCCGAGAAUGAUCCCCUUAAAGCCCGACAAGCCGGUGGCGUGUGUGCUGGGCAUCGGUACGGCGAAUCCGGACACGAUUCGGCCGCAGGGGCAGUUUGCCAAGGAGUACCUCUCGCGGGUGGGGUGCCACCAUGCUGAGACCCAGGCCAAGUUCGAACGCAUCUGCUACCACACAGGCAUAGACAAGCGGCACAUGGUGCUACCCUGGGACACCAUCGCGGCCAAUCCCUGCCUGCAGGAGUUCGGCGCGCCCUCCCUCGCCAUGCGCCAGGACAUCCUCCGCACCGAAGGCGUCAAGCUCGCCGCUGCCGCCUGCGAGCGUGCCCUCGCCGAGUGGGGCGGGGACAGAGCAGGCGUAGGGGGGGUGGGGGGGGUGGGGGGAGCCGGUGGGGAAGGAGGUGGGGCAGCGGGGAUAACGCACUUGGUGGUGGUGACGGUGAGCGGGGUGCACCUGCCGGGGCUGGACGUGCAGCUGGUGGAAGCCCUGGGGCUGCGCCGUUCCACUCAGCGCGUGCUGCUGCAGAUGCUCGGGUGCUACGCGGGGGUGACAGCGCUGCGCAUUGCCAAGGACCUCGCUGAGAAUAAUGCGGAUGAGGGAGCAAGGAUGCUGGCGUGCUAUGUGGGGGUGACAGCGCUGCGCAUUGCCAAGGACCUCGCUGAGAAUAAUGCGGAUGAGGGAGUGAGAGUGCUGCUCGUGUGCUCCGAACUCAACAGUCUCAUAUUCCAGGUCACCUCAGUCUACUCAGAGCAGCACCUCAAGUAUCCUCGUUCAGUUGCUGCUCGUCUGGACUCUGGAAUCCCUCUGUUGCCAAACCACCUCAUCUCCUUUGUCCUGUUUCUCAUUCCGCUCCGCUCCCUCGCCUGCCCUCCUCUCCACCAGGCACCGCAUGAGUCUCUCCCUGACAGUCUGGUAUGCGCGGCCAUCUUUGGUGACGGGGCAGCUGCCAUGGUCGUGGGGGCCAACCCCCGCACCCACGCUUCACACACUGCACACACUGCACACACCGCACCUGCUGCACCGGCUGCACCCUCCCUGCACGAAGCUACCACCUCUCCACAACAGCAGCAGCAGCAGCAAGGAACCCCACCACCCUCUCUCAGCCCACCUGCUGGGCUCUCCCCCGAGAAGCCCAUCUUUGAGAUUGUUCGCGUGGCAGAGUUUUUUCUGCCCGAGACAACGCGGCACAUUGCGGGGGAUCUGACCGAAGCGGGGCUGCUGGUGCACCUGCGGAGGGAGGUGCCGCUGCUGCUGCCCGGGCCGGUGAAAGAUUUCAGUGCUGCCCUGCUAGGGCUGGCUGGUGUGGGAUUUGCUGAGAGCUUCUGGGCGGUUCAUCCGGGCGGGCGGGCGAUUUUGGACGCGAUUCAACGAAAUUUGGGGUUGAAGAAGCAUGCGCUGAAGGCGAGCAGGGAGGUGCUUCGGCAGUACGGCAACAUGUCAAGCGGGUCCGUGCUGUUUGUGCUGGAUGAGAUUCGAAGGAAGAAGAAGCGUGCCGAGCCUCAGUGGGGAGUGGCUUUAGGGUUUGGGCCCGGGGUCACAGUUGAAGGAGCAUUGAUGCGGUUGCUUUGA